UUCCUGUCCACAGCCUUUACAGCUGGCGGAGGAGCUGCACUGAACUGAGGAGCCCCGCGUCUCUACCGUCCUCCUGAAAUGCGCUCAAACUGCGCAACGAGUCGCAUCUCCAGCUGCGGCCUCCGCAAACACAGAAACAGCGCUUGUGUUUCUCAGCCCCUCCAGACGUAGCACCUUCAGGGGGGAGCGGAGUGAAGGAAACCCAGACACUUUGGACUGAGUCAGCCGCGGAACGCUCAUCGCUCCUCGGUCUCUAGGAGAGCGCUCCACCUCUCCAAGCCUUUGCAUACCGCUAAUCUGGACCAAACACCCAUAUGGUCGCAGUCAUUGGUUGCUGUUUCAUUUAAAACUUGGACAAACAUUUGUCUCCACCAAGCUGUGAUUUCAAGGCACCUUGCCAUCCCUCUGGCCCAACUUCAGACAACACAAAGAGCUGGUUCCUGUCCGAUGUCCUCAGCCCAUACAGUGUGAUGUGUCAUGGCUCCGUUGCUGAGUGGUGUGCGGUGGCUUUCGGAGGCGGGAGCGGUCGGGUUUGGGAAGGCAGCAGCCAGCGGCACGGCAUCAUGGCCGCAGAGUGAGCAGCUGGUGUGGGUCGUGGCCCUCAGCAUCGUCACUGGCGUGCUGCUGCUCUCUGUGCUGCUGGGGCUGUGUGCCAGCUGCCGGGGGCAGAAGAAAGCAAAAGAUGGACAGCCUACAGGAGACCAAGAAAACCUUGUUAAUGGAGUGUCGGAGAGGGAGAUGAUCAGCCAAUCAGCAGACAGUCCAGUGACUGACGCGGCAGUCAGCAGCUCUCACAACGGUCCUCUAACCAGCGGUACAAUCCUCUCAGACACGCAGGACACCAGCCCUCAGUUGUCAGAGGAUCUCCUCUCCAGCCAAUCAGAGCUCAGGUCCUCUAAAUGUCCUCAGGACAGAGAGCUUCCCAGUCUCCCUCCUGGCAGUGCCCCUACGGAGGACAGACCCCCCGCCUCAGGAGACAGCACCUAUGAGGUGGUGAAGGAGAUUGAGGUGGCGUCUCGAGACGUCAGCGUUGAGGACUCUCUGUAUGAGACAGUCAAGGAGAUGAAAGACGUCUCCCUGCAAUCUUCCCUCGCCAACGGUGCCAUCCAGCCGAGCCCCAAUGAACCUCCACCUCAGGCCCCUGCCCUUGUCAACGGCCACCCCAGCCCCUGCACCCCAGAGCGAGGCCCGCUGUGCGAGGGGGUGGAGUACGCCUCCGUGGACCUGCGAAAGAAGAGCCGUCACAGCGCUGACAUGGAGGCCAAAAGGUGCUCCGAUAAUGCUGCCGCUGUCUCACAGAAGCCUGCAGAGGAGCCAGAAGAAGAGUCGCCACCGCCAGUACCAAUGAAGGUCCUGGAUGAAAACGACAAUCAGCCACUGGUGUUGAAUGGUGGCGAGGGGGCUGGGCUGCACAACGGAGAGUUAGAAUCCCCUGUGUCUCCUCCGCCGGAGUUUGGAGAUCAUCCACAGUCCGAUAACGCUUCCCAGCUAUACUCUACUGUUAACAAGCCGAACUGCGACCAGGCCAUUAACGAGGAAGACAAAGAGCACGACUACAGCAGCAUCGCCGAGCUCAAAGGUCUGGUCCCGGCCUCGUCCUCAAGCGACCUCUAUGCCACCGUCCACGACCUAUACGCUCAACCUGAUGACCCCCAAACAGGCGAAAUGCCUCAUAAUGACAGCUCAGAUCCCGGCUACGAAUCAAUCCGCAUCCCAAAAACUGGCAGCUCGGACGAUGAUCACAUAGGCGGGAACGCCAAGCCAGAACCUGACUACGAAAGUGUUGGAGAGCUGGGUCUGGAUCGGGAAAUGUCUCGCCUUUGAGUCGACUGCUUGAGGUUGCAUCUUUAUAGUAGCACUUUGAAGCAGCUUUUUAGGAUGCCUUUGAUGCAAACUGCUUCCAUCAUAAGUGUACAUCUUCUUUACUGCUUCGGUACAGUUGAUCAUAUUUGUCUAUCAGAGUGAAAGCGGUACUGCAAGGCCUUAAGAACUCUGGAUUAUUAAAUUAUCCAAUCUCAACAUAUUCUCUACACAUGAUCAGAAGAGAUGAAAAGAUAUCAAUCUAGUGCCAUAUAACUUGCGUAUAAAUCAGUCACUAACUGUAUUAUCUGUAUGUCCUCUCUGCAGCAUUUAGUCUGUCAAGCUUUGAGUCAUAUUUUGUUUAAGCGCCGAAAUGUGUCCUAGGUCUGCCUUUGUCAGGUUAGGAGCACCUUCACUGUGCAUUCUCACUAGCUGUUCCUGUGAAGUAGUUUCUGAUAGGAAAAGAAAAGAGGCAUUUGACGACCAAACGGCAAUGAUAUUUGGUCGCAUACUCCAUCAGUGACAGCUCCCUGCUUUUCUGGGCUUGAUGUCUGAAAGAUUGAAAAACCGUCACUGAGAAGAAAAAACAGGGUGAUUUUUCACUCGAGCUUAGGGUUUCAUUGUACAUCUGGACUUUCCUUAAACGGAAAGGGUUUUUGUACAAAUCAUAUUUAUUUGAAAAUGUUUAUUAAUGUAAUUGUGUAAUUGUGAAAUGUUUCUGAUUGUGUCUGUGAGAGGAUUUUUAUUGAAGUUUCUGGCAUUUUAAUUGAAAUUUGCUGAAAGCGCAAAGCGGGUUUGAAGCGUUUUAGGUACGUGUUCCUUUACUUUAAAUGUAAGGAUGUCAGUUUUCACAAACAUUGAAGUACUUAUGUGUUUGAAUGACACUGCAUACCUUAUUGUAUUGUUUAUUAGCAACUUUUAAUCUUCUCGGUACAGUCUUCACUUUGCUUCAAAGCACUUGAAUUAGAUUAAUGGUACUGCAGACUUUAUCACCUCAUAGCAACCUUCCACAUUUAUUAGCAUCUCUGUUAAAGAUGUGCUCAAAGUCUUAAAAAUGCAUUCACUUUUAUUUCACAAUCUCACUUGAAGUUUUUGCAAAAGAGCUUUAGAGCUUUAGUUAAUCUAUUUUUCCAUUAUAGCUUGCAACAUAAAUAGAAUUCCUUUUAGUCUUGAAAAGCAUUGCAAUUGAUAAAUUUUUCUUACUGAGUAUAAUCCAACAAAGCUUUUUAUUUCUAAAAUGAACAUAUUCAAUAACCUACAAGAUAAAGAAAAGGCCGCAUACUUUAUUUAUUGUCAUCCAGUAAAUAAAAAAAAAAUGCUUAUUAAUCUUAUGUUGGUAUUAAGACCCUCUUAGACUAAUAAUCUUAUAUAUUUUUAGUUGCUUAGAUGCCAUGGAACCACAGAUCCAGCUUAAUCACCAGACAUUUGGUUCAGUUUUGAUAGAAAGCUUAGAGGUUUAGCGAUAUCAAAGUAUCCACCUUUAUCAAAGGAUAAUUAACUGCAGAUUUACAAGCUGUUAUUUGAAGAGAUUUUAUAAAAAGGAGAGCUGAUCCAAAUUGGUCCAUGUGCCAAAAUGUGGUAAAAUAUCCCUUUACAACACCACAUAAUCUAGAUUUGAGAAUCAAACGGCUCAUAAAACCCAACCAGGGAAAUGUUUCCUAAUCAAAUGUCCAAAAUGUUGAUAAAAAUUCCAAAAGAAAUGUUCAAAUAUGAGCCUUAAGUGUAAAAUCUUAAAACAAAAUCCAUAAAAAAAAGCCUGUAUAAACAAGAGGCCUCGUUUCACUUCCUCGUCCUUCCAGUAAUGUUAAAAUAUAAAAAGUUGAUCUAACUGUAGAUAAGGGAUGAUUUAGUCUUAUUUCUUGCAAUUAUUUUCUGACACGUAAAAACAUUUGGCUUAUUUGAACUUCUUGUUCUCCUGUUUUUCCCCAAGUACCUAAGAGAAAUCAGCCUCUGUGUCACACCAUUCUUCCCACAAGGAAAAUAGUUUUCCUUCUAUUAGUAAUAUUACAGUUAAAUUGAUAUUUUAAAACUCUUACACUUUAAGUAACACGUCUAUAUGCUGUGAUCAUUUAAAAAGUAAAAUAUUCAUUAGAAACUGUUUGAUUUUUUUUCUUGUAAACCUAAUAACUUCCUUAACAUGCGUUUUCCUUAAUCUGAUGAAAAUUGAAACAUCUUUUCAUUUUUUUAGUCUUACACAAUAAAAAGCUUAAUCGUUAAUUCUUUAUACAUGUCUUUAAUAUGGAUGCUAAUGAAUCCAGAAGGUCUGUACCUGUAAAAUUUUAGCACAUAAUGCAUUUUAGAUCCACCUAUGUAACAGCUUAUGCUGACGAAAUGCCAGAUGAGGCAUGUAUGUAGUUAGAGCACUCCUUUAACCGACUGCUAUUCACAGGAAAUGUGAUGUAAUCUUGUACUCAAUUGUUCAAUGUCCAGAGUAGUAUGAUUUUUUUAUAUUUUUAAGAAAAGUUCUGAAUGUUCAACUUAUUUUGUUGUAUUUUCUUUAGUUAAUUGUAACAAAGUAGUAACUAACAAAGCAGAUGUGCGUCAGGUGGUACAAUUAUUUUGGUACAAGUGUUGAAAGAUCAUUUUGGUACAUCAAUAUGGAAAAAAAAAACAACACAAACUCUUUAAUAUGUUUACCUGGUUGUGAUUUUGCUGUAUUUUUAAUUCUGUUUACUACAGUAUCUUCUUUUGCAGAUAAAUAUUGUCAGCUGUUUCCCUCCAAAUCCGACUAUUAAAGUGUUACAUUAUCUCCAGUCA